GCGGCCUCGCAGGCGCCUUUAGUGUAGGGCGCCGGUGGUGCUCUCUUCUUCCAACCCGGCUGGUGGUCGGCGGGUCUGGGCCUCGUCGGCUUCUCGGGCCCGAGCGGGGCCUGUGGCCAGCUCCUCGAGUCUCCAGCCCGGCCCGCCGCACGCAUGGCGGCCAUCAAGGCCCUACAAGAGUGGUGCCGGCAGCAGUGCGAGGGCUACCGAGAUGUGAGCAUCACCAACAUGACCACUUCGUUCCGCGAUGGCCUGGCCUUCUGCGCGAUCUUGCACCGACACCGGCCUGACCUUAUAAACUUCAAUGCCCUCCGGAAGGAAAACAUUUACGAGAACAACAAGCUGGCCUUCCAAGUGGCAGAGGAACAGUUGGGCAUCCCAGCCCUGCUAGACGCUGAGGACAUGGUGGCCUUGAAGGUUCCAGACCGGCUGAGCAUCCUCACCUACGUGUCACAGUAUUACAACUACUUCCAUGGCCGGUCCCCAAUUGGAGGCAUGGCUGGUGUGAAGAGACCCUCAUCAGACUCGACUGAAGAACGUUCUGGAAAGAAGGUCCUGUCCCAGCCUGCCUCCAAGUUGCCCUCACCUGCUCCAGCCCAGAGGUCACCACUGUCUCCAGCAAGGACAAACCCUGUGGUUCAGAGGAAUGAGGGGGGCUCAGAGAGGCCAUCCCCAAAGACUGCUCUGGGAACUGCAGGCAGCUCCGUCAGCAGCAUCUGUGGGGUCUGUGGCAAACAUGUUCACCUUGUGCAGCGGCACCUGGCUGAUGGGCGGCUCUACCACCGAAGCUGCUUCAGGUGUAAACAGUGUUCCAGCACACUGCAUUCAGGGGCCUACCGUGCCACGGGAGAGCCGGGCGUCUUUGUUUGUACUCAUCACAGCUCAGAAGUCACCUCUGUGAGCCCCAAGUUGUCAAAACUGGCCUCCAGACAGCCAGGGGCUGUUGCCGCAGACACCAGGCCCAUCAGUGCCUCCCGGAAGGUUCAGGAAGCAAACGGGCUGGGAGAGGUGACACCAUUGAGGGCCAGGGUAGCAGCCUGGGAGCCUGCUGGAGGCAACAUGGCUGCCAAAGGCUUUGUCCAGACUGAACUUAACCAGCCAGCCACCUCCCGUGUCCACGUGGGGAGCCCCGCAGGGCCCAGGCUGCCCACGAGCCCAGUGGCCACUACUUCUGUGAAUAGCAAAGCCAUCACCCACGUGACUAAUAGCUCCCCAACAGGAUGGUCAUCACCGGCCCAGAGCAGCAUGGCAACCAUCGGCUCUCGUUCUGUGGUGUACCCAAGUGCUCUGGACUCUCACCCGUCUGUGCCCCAAGGCCAAGCAGCUUCAAAAGGUGUCAAGACUCAGCUCAACUUGAGCACAGCAUCUCCAAACUCAACGGCCACCCCAGCCUGGACCCCCGCAGCCUCUAGGACCCAGCAAGCCCGAGAGAAAUUUUUUCAGAAUCCUGCCCCAUCCCCAGCCAGUAACAGUCCUGCCAGCAAGGUCACCACUGUGGUGAAUACCUCCACCAGCAAGGUCACCACUGUGGUGAAUGCCCCCAAUGGCAGGGUGUCCCCUGUGGUGAAUACUUCCACCAACAAGGUCCCCUCUGUGGUGAAUACCCCCAAUGGCAGGGUGUCCACUGUGGUGAAUAUCUCCACCAGCAAGGUCACCACUGUGGUGAAUGCCCCCACCAGCAAGGUCACCACUAUGGUGAAUGCCCCCACCAGCAAGGUCUCCACUGUAGUGAGUGUCUCUGAUGGCAGGGUCCCCCCUGUAGUGAAUGCCCCCACUGGUAGGGUCCCGGCUGCCCUGAAUGCCUCUGCCAGCAAGGUCUCCGCUGCUGUGGAUACCCCUGCCCAGGAGAGCAGUCGAGAGCAAGCACUAAGUGUCCUUAGGAAGGCCUUGCCAGGGCUGGCGGGAGCUGGUACCCAGACUCCAAGCAGGUCUUCCCCAGCCACUUCCUCUGUCUCAGUCACCCUUCCCAAGAAUGAAGUGCCACAAAAGGUCCCCUCAGCCAAGCUCUCACACCCAACUACUCCUCAGUGCCCUGCUUCGAAGAUGGAGCCUGCAGUCCCCCUGAGCGUGGGCAAUACCCCAUGGGCAUCUGUAUCACUCCAGAUUGGCAACAAGAGCCCGGGUAUAUCUCCAGGGGUUGUCAAGACCAGUGCUGGCUCCAGACCCCAAGCAGAGGUGGCAGUAGCAAAGGGUCCAGGCCCCACCUCUCAGGAAGGCCAGGAGGAGGGGCCGGAAGGGUGGAGGGCCCGCCUGAAGCCAGUGGAGAAGAAAACCUCUGUAAGGAGGACUCUGGAGCAGAAAGAAGUUUCAGUCCUGGUGGAGCCGAGGGCAGGGGACACUCCCAAAAAAGCCUCCAGCAGCUCUGACCCCAGCAUCCACAUCAUCUUGACUCCCAUUCAGCACAAGAGGACACCAGGCCCGGCUGGUUCCGGGCCCAACCUCGAAGUAGCCUCCUCUCCUGCUCCAUCACACCGUAAGAAACUAGCUGUCCCUCCCAGCCUGGAUGUUUCUGCUGAUUGGCUCCAGCCAGAGCUCAAGAAGCAGGAAGCGCAGGCCAGGAACCGGAAGGAGGAGAAGACAUCCGCGUGGGGGACACGAGAGAGGCCUGCAGUCCUGGACAGUGCCCUUGCUCCACAUGGUGAGACUGUGACCUCCCCAGUCAGGCUGCACCCCAACUACAUCCCCCAGGAGGAGCUGCAGAAGCAGCUGCAGAACAUUGAGAAUCAGCUGGACAUCCUGGAGCUCAGAGGCGUAGAGCUGGAGAAGCGGCUGCGGGCAGCCGAGGGAGACGCUUCAGAGGAUAGCCUCAUGGUGGACUGGUUCCGGCUUAUUCAUGAGAAGCAGCUGCUGCUGAGACUCGAAUCGGAACUCAUGUACAAGUCCAAGGACCAGUGCCUGGAGGAGAGACAGCUGGACCUCCAGGAUGAGCUGCGGAGGCUAAUGGACAAGCCAGAGGGUCUGAAGUCCCCCCGGGACCGUGAGCGGGAACAGGAGCUGUUGAGUCAAUAUGUGAACACCGUGAAUGACCGCAGUGACAUCGUUGACUUCCUGGAUGAGGAUCGGCUCCGGGAACAAGAAGAGGACCAGAUGCUGGAGAACAUGAUCCAGAACCUGGGCCUCCAGAGGAAGAAGUCCCGGUUCAGCUUUUCCAAGAUCUGGUCCUCGAAGAGCAAAGGUGGGCAGACAUGAGCUGUCCAAUGCUGGCACCAGGGCCCUGGCCCUUCUCAGGAAAAGACUGGUGCUGUGACCCCAGACGAGAUGCUCAGGGGUCCAUGCCUCCUACUCUGGGUCCUUGUGUCCUCAAU